ACCAGCAUGUUUUGGAAAUUUGAUCUUCACUCAUCAUCCCACAUAGACACACUUCUAGAAAGAGAAGAUGUAACACUGAAGGAGUUAAUGGAUGAGGAAGAUGUUUUACAGGAAUGUAAAGCUCAGAACCGCAAACUUAUAGAGUUUCUGUUAAAAGCAGAAUGUCUCGAAGAUUUAGUCUCAUUCAUUAUAGAAGAACCACCUCAAGACAUGGAUGAAAAGAUCAGAUACAAGUACCCGAACAUAUCCUGUGAGCUGCUCACCGCUGACGUCUCCCAGAUGAACGACAGACUCGGAGAAGACGAGUCCUUGCUGAUGAAACUGUACGGCUUCCUGCUGAACGAGGCCCCCUUGAACCCGCUGCUCGCCAGCUUCGUCAGCAAGGUGCUGAGCAUUCUCAUCAGCAGGAAGCCAGAGCAGAUCGUGGAUUUCUUAAAGAAGAAACGUGAUUUUGUAGACCUUAUCAUAAAGCACAUAGGAACUUCGGCCAUCAUGGAUUUGUUGCUCAGGCUCCUGACGUGCAUCGAGCCUCCACAGCCCAGACAGGAUGUUCUGAAUUGGCUAAAUGAGGAGCAAAUUAUCCAGAGACUUGUGGAAAUAGUUCAUCCAUCGCAAGAAGAAGAUCGGCACUCCAAUGCUUCACAGUCCCUUUGUGAGAUUGUCCGCCUGAGCAGAGACCAGAUGCUACAAAUCCAGAACAGUACAGAGCCAGACCCCCUGCUUGCCACCCUGGAGAAGCAAGAGAUUAUAGAGCAGCUGCUGUCAAAUAUUUUCCACAAGGAGAAAAACGAAUCUGCCAUCGUCAGCGCCAUCCAGAUACUGCUGACUCUGCUUGAGACGCGGCGACCAACAUUUGAAGGCCAUAUAGAGAUCUGCCCGCCAGGCAUGAGUCAUUCAACUUGUUCGGUCAACAAGAGUGUUCUAGAAGCUAUCCGAGGAAGACUUGGAUCUUUUCACGAACUCCUGCUUGAGCCACCCAAGAAAAGCGUGAUGAAGACCACGUGGGGUGUGCUGGACCCUCCUGUGGGGAAUACCCGAUUGAAUGUGAUUCGGUUGAUAUCCAGCCUCCUUCAGACAAAUACCAGCAGCAUCAACGGGGACCUUAUGGAGCUGAACAGCAUUGGGGUCAUAUUGGACAUGUUCUUUAGAUACACGUGGAACAACUUUCUACACACACAAGUGGAGAUCUGCAUCGCACUGAUUCUCGCAAGUCCUCUUGAAAACACAGAAAACGGCACCAUCACCGAGCAGGACGCCGCGGGGGACGGUGUGUUGCUGACACAUCUUUUUCAAAAAUGUCAGUUAAUAGAACGAAUACUUGAUGCCUGGGAAAUGAAUGAGAAGAAACAGGCCGAGGGAGGCAGGCGGUACGGCUACAUGGGGCACCUGACGAGGAUAGCCAACUGCGUCGUGCACAGCGCCGACAAGGGCCCCAGCAGCGCGCUGCUGCAGCGGCUGGUCAGAGGUCUUCCAGAUACAGUCAGGGAGCGAUGGGAGGCAUUCUGCGCAAGCUCCUUGGGAGAGACUAACAAGAGGAACACGGUGGAUCUAGUUACAACCUGCCAUAUUCAUUCAUCCAGUGAUGAUGAAAUUGACUUUAAAGAAACGGGUUUCUCACAGGAUUCUUCUUUGCAGCAAGCCUUUUCUGAUUAUCAGAUGCAACAAAUGACGUCCAAUUUUAUUGACCAGUUUGGCUUCAACGAUGAGAAGUUCGCAGAUCAGGAUGACAUUGGCAAUGUUUCUUUCGAUCGAGUAUCAGACAUCAACUUCACUCUCAAUACAAACGAAAGUGGAAAUAUCGCCUUGUUCGAAGCCUGUUGUAAGGAACGGAUCCAGCAGUUUGACGACGGCGGCUCUGAUGAGGAAGACAUCUGGGAGGAGAAGCACAUCGCGUUCGCGCCGGACUCCCAGCGCCGGUCCAGCUCGGGGAGUACAGACAGUGAAGAAAGUACAGACUCUGAGGAGGAAGACGGAGCGAAACAGGACCUGUUGGAGCCCAGUGGUGCCGGCGCAGAGGAUAAGAUGGAGGUGGACUUGAAUGAACCACCCAACUGGUCAGCCAACUUUGAUGUCCCCAUGGAGACGGCCCAUGGGACCCCCUUAGAUUCUGUUGGGUCCGACGUCUGGAGCACGGAGGAGCCAAUGCCAACUAAGGAGACCGGCUGGGCCUCUUUCUCGGAGUUCACGUCUUCCCUGAGUACAAAAGAUUCUCUAAGGAGUAAUUCUCCAGUGGAAAUGGAAACCAGCACUGAGCCGAUGGACCCUCUGACCCCCAGUGCUGCCGUGCUGGGAACACAGCCGGAAGCGCCAGGCAGCGUGGCCAUGGAGGCCAGCUCUGACGGGGAGGAGGAUGCGGAGGGCCCAGACCAGGUAACUGAGACCGUGAUGAACGGCGGCAUGAAGGAAACCCUCAGCCUCACUGUAGAUGCCAAGACAGAGACCGCAGUCUUCAAAAGAGUGUUGAAAUCCUAUCGUGAGGAAGGAAAACUGUCUACCUCUCAAGACGCUGCUUGUAAAGAAGUGGAGGAGAGCCCCGAGGCAGCAGAGGCCAGGUCCUCGGGCCCCCGGCCCCCCAGCAGUAGCCCGGAGCAGAGUCACCUUUUGCUUAGACUGAGCCAGUGGUCUGAAGGGAUAGGCCAAGCCAAAGCGUCAGCCGCCGGGCGCCCAGGCCCGUACACGCGGCUCCACAGGUAGAGCAGGGCGGGCUCCGAAUGCUCCAGAGCUCGCGCCAGGAGAGGAGGGCUUGCCCUGGGACCGGGAACUUGGCUCGCACCCCCCAGAGCUAACCGUGUGGCCGCGCGCUCCUCCCGUCAGAGAAGCUGCACUCUCCCCCUCGCCAGGCCCCCCCCCAAAUCUUCCUCCUUUGGGGGUAGUGGGACCAGUGGGGACCAGCAGGGGGCGCUCUCUGCUCACUGGUCGGCAAACCCUGCUUCUGUUCCUCUCCUGGGAAUGACCGUAGAAAUGAGGGGUUUGCUUUUAUGAUUAAAACAAGGGCUUUUUGGCGUGUGAGACAGUAAUCACGAGCUGUCGGAGUGCGCCGGCUCCGGUGAGGGCUUGGAGAGCAGCCCCCCAGGUCCCGGGGUGCAGGCGUCCAGGCCUGCGGUUUUCAGUGUAUGUUUUUUUAGAGGUAUUUUGUGGGAUCUCGCUCCUCGUCCCACCUGUGAACCCCGCGUGCCGGGAGCUGCUCCGAGGCCCGCCGAGCGGUCCGUGUCCCGGCUUGGAGCAGCUGCCUCGGGCGCCUCCUGGUCUCUCAGCCGUCGGCGAUGCGGGAGGCCCUGCGGUCGUCUCCCGGGCUCCCCCGGAUCAUUUGCCUCCGGGGAACCUUCCUAGAAACAUCUAUCGCGAAGAGCCCUGCCUGUCCGCCCGUCUGUCCCUCCUCCAUCCAGUGCACAGGAGUGUGGCAGCUGCUGGUCUGGGCCCGGGGGUGAAGCAGCAGCUUAGCGACACCCGGGCGACAGAAGGCCACGUAGGAUGAGGCGCCUGGAGAGCUGGUGGGAGGCCCGGAGCCCCUCGUAGACGGGACGGUGGAGCAUGGUCGCUGGCAAGGUGGCGUGGGGAGGGCAGGGAGAGGGCAGGUCCGGCCUGCCACCUCUGUGCCCUGAGAGGGACGUGCGGCCGCGUCGGAGGUAGAGCCACAGGGACUCUUCCUCCGUGAGCACUGUUCCCCGCAUGGCCUGGCGCUCCCGGGGUUGACAGGUGUGCCCUGCCACGGGGUUUCAUCGUUAACGGCUGUCGUGUGCAACACCCGUGCCAGCCAGCACACCAGGCACGUGGCACACGUCCCGCCUCCCCCGCCCCCAGGGGGCUUCUUGUCCCCCCUUUCAUGGUGGGGGGAGAUGAGCAGAGAGAGGUUAGAAAGCGCACUGGAGACCCCACCGCCUGGGAGCGGUGCCGGCGGGUCUGUCCCGGUGUGUCCCUGACGCACAGACACUCCGUGAAUGUGAGCAGGGCGCUCGCAGAGUCGGCUUCUGGACUCUGUCCCCCUGAGCAGGUGCCUGGAGCCUUGGGCUCAUGAGCGGCAAGCCAGGCCCAAAGCAGCUGUGGGUGUCCCCACGGGUCCCCGAGCCUGUGCUGCAAAGUCUUGGCAAUGCUGCCAAGACGGUCCUGCACGUGGGGCCCGUUGGUUUGGCAGGAACGGGAGUUUGUGUGUCCGCCACCACGUUGUCCCCCUGGCCUUCCCUCCUCCGUGCACCCUGCCUCAGCCCUACUGCUUGCCUGGUGAGAGCACGUCUGUGGAAGUGCACACCUGUUUUCCAGAGCUGCCCUGUUUCCAAGCUCUUUUCCCCUCUUGCCGUAGAAGAAUCCUGUUUUUCGAGUGAAAUUUUUUAUGGAUUCUAACACACGGAACAAAAAGUUGUUUGGAAGGAGGAAUGAGCAAGUGGCUCCUGACAGGUCCGGGAGCAACAGUCCGAGAGCCACUACACUAGGCCACUCGUGUGCUCCUGGAAGGGCUGGGGUGCGAGGGCGGCCCCUGCAAAAUGCCCACUGUCCGCGGCACAGGGGAAGCGUAACAGCCGCUCAGUCAGGCUCCCUGGAGAGGACUCGGAAGCAUUCCAUUAAGGAACGUUCCACUGUGGGCCCCCCGUGAUGUUAGAGUGAACGUCCCCGCCCUCAGGGAGCUGGACAGAGUGCCUCGCCGACUGUCUCUGGGUCUCGUCCAGUGCCUCAGAUGCCUGUCUCUUCC